AUGAACUAUUUCAGAAACAGCGUGAGAUCGAUUACUUUACUGUCAUCAAUAUCAAGCCCGUUCUCUCGCUUAUCUCCGAAUACCCUUUCGAUAACCAUCCAAUUCCCCGCAAUUCGACGAACAAUGGCCUCAGCAAUGGCAAAGCGUUUGGACGGCAAGACAAUUGUAAUCACCGGUGCCUCCUCUGGAAUUGGCAAGGCUACUGCCCAGGAGUUUGCACGCACGUCGCCAAAGAACCUCAAGCUGAUCUUGACUGCACGCCGCAUCGAUGUACUGAAGGAAGUUGCUGCGGAGAUCCAGGCCGAGGUCGGCGAUGGUGUGAAGGUGCUUCCAGUCAAGCUGGAUGUCAGCAACCCUGCUGAAAUUGAGAACUUUGUUUCAUCUCUUCCAGCGGAGUUCAAGGAAAUUGACGUCCUUGUUAACAAUGCUGGAUUGGUCAAGGGCGUUGCUCAGGCACCUGAUAUCAAACCCGAGGAUAUCAACAUCAUGUUCAAUACUAACGUCACUGGUCUGAUCCACAUGACUCAGGCCAUUCUCCCGAUCUUCAAGCAGCGACCAGAGGGCGGCCGUGGUGACAUUAUCAACAUUGGCAGUAUCGCCGGCCGCGAGCCUUAUUCUGGUGGUGGUAUCUACUGUGCGACCAAGGCAGCGGUCCGAUCUUUUACGGACUCGCUGAGAAAGGAGCUCAUCGCUUCGAGAAUCCGCAUUAUCGAAGUUGAUCCCGGCCAGGUUGAGACUGAGUUCUCCGUUGUCCGAUUCUAUGGCGACAAGUCCAAAGCUGAUGCCGUUUACAAGGGAGUUGAGCCUUUGACCGGUGAGGAUAUUGCCGAAAUUAUUGUCUUUGCAGCUGGUCGACGUGAAAACGUUGUCAUUGCCGAUACCCUGGUCUUCCCCAACCACCAGGCGAGCGCUGGCAUUCUGCACCGCAAGUCAUAA